GUUAAAUUAGACGCAACGUGCACAGAAACCUAAAAAAAAAACCUUCUGAAGCGACAGUUGAAAUGGAAGCACUAGACGAGUGGAACAGUGAUGAAGACGUGCAGAGUAAUACUCAGGCGAUACAUACUCAGAGUUAUAUACGAGGUGGAAGGGGACAUACUUCGAGCUAUGGUGACCGGGGAUCGAGAAAUGGUCACAGAUCGUCUGAUGACAGAAACUGGAGAAGUAAUAAUGAAUCUCGAGGUGGGGGAGAACAAGGAGGGGCUCGCGGUCCGAAAACGGAAUGGCAUAAUAGGAACAACUCGAAAUCCCAAGGACUUGAUAUAUCGAUAGAUUCCACCAAGGUUGGAAAGCUUAUUGGCAAAGGAGGUUGCAAGAUUAAAGAGUUACAGGAACAAAGCGGAGCUAGGAUUAAUAUUGGCAAACCUGAAGAUUAUGUGAAUACACCAGUGACUUUGAUUGGCUCUGAGGAAGCACAACAAAAGGCUAAGGCAUUGAUCGAUGAAUUAUUGACUGAAAAACCACCGUCAUCACUGCCACCAAAGGUCAGCUCGUACUCCAACCCUGACGAAAGUGAAUUCGUAAAUUUCGAUUGGUCCAAAGCCAAUAAUGACUAUGAGAAAUUUCAAAAAGAAAAAUGGGCAAAAUGUCCAGAACUCAUUAAGAAUUUUUACCACGAAGACCCAGAUGUCGCCAACAUGUCCAAGGAGAAAGUGGCUCAUAUUCGGAAGAUAAACAACAACAUUACAGUUCGUAAGGUCUUUCAAGAAAUCGAGGAAGAUGGUCAGGAGGGCAACGAUGACCCAACAAUACCCAAUCCUGUUGAAACUUUUGAACAAGCCUUUCAGGAUUACCCAGAAAUUUUGGAAGAGAUACGAAAGCAAGGAUUUUCUAAGCCGAGUCCCAUACAGUGUCAAGCAUGGCCAGUUCUUCUAAGUGGCAAGGACCUCAUAGGAAUUGCCCAGACUGGCACAGGAAAAACACUUGCAUUCCUUUUACCUGCUCUCAUACACAUAGAAGGUCAACCAAUUCCACGAUCACAACGUGGUGGACCAAACAUUCUUAUAAUGGCUCCAACAAGAGAGUUGGCAUUACAGAUUGAACAAGAAGUCGGAAAGUACAAGUAUCGAGGAAUUAAAGCGGUGUGUUUGUACGGAGGUGGGAGUCGGAAGGAACAGGUCGAUAUAGUAACACGUGGAGUUGAAAUAAUUAUUGCGACACCUGGAAGAUUAAAUGACUUGGUCCAGGCUGGUGUUGUAGAUGUAACAACUAUUACUUAUCUCGUACUUGACGAGGCAGAUCGUAUGCUUGACUUAGGCUUUGAACCACAAAUCAGAAAAACUCUGUUAGACAUCCGUCCAGAUCGUCAAACUAUUAUGACUAGUGCAACUUGGCCACCUGGAGUCAGACGCCUAGCCCAAUCUUAUAUGAAAGACCCGCUUCAAGUUUGUGUAGGAUCGCUAGACUUAGCAGCAGUACAUUCUGUGAUGCAGACAAUUCUCAUAGUAGACGAGAGCGAGAAGACAGAAAUGUUAUAUGACUUUUUCCGUAAUAUGGGCCCUGAUGACAAAGUUAUAGUAUUCGUUGGCAAAAAGUCACGUGUCGAUGAUUUGGCUAGUGAUUUGGCACUGAAAGGUAUCCUGAGUCAGAGUAUCCAUGGUGGUCGUGAGCAGUGCGAUAGAGAGCAGGCACUUGAGGACAUCAAAUCUGGGGAGGUGCGAAUUCUGCUUGCUACUGACGUUGCCAGCCGCGGUAUAGACAUCGGUGACAUUACGCACGUGUUCAACUACGACUUUCCACGAGACAUAGAGGAAUAUGUUCAUAGAGUAGGCAGGACAGGGAGGGCUGGUAAAACAGGCGAAAGCAUCAGUUUAAUGACUCGAAGUGACUGGUCACACGCUAAAGAACUUAUCAAGAUACUCGAGGAAGCUAAUCAGGAAGUACCUGAUGAAGUGCACAAAAUGGCUGAGCGAUACGCAGGAUGGAAAGAAAGACGGGCACAGGAGAAAGAUCGUGAACGCAUGGAUGCCGGCGGUGGUGGUGGUUAUCGCGGUGGAGACAGAGAUAACGGCGGACGGUCAAGAUGGGGCACAGGACGAGAAAAUAGCGGAGGUGGAUUUGGCGGUAACAGACGAGGCGGGAGGGGAAGUCGCGGAGGUGGAUGGUAGAACUACCAGCCUUUUUCCCCGUCGUUUCUUGAAAAACCAAAGAGUUGAGGCUUCAACGCGGCGUAUGUGCAGUAGUGCACGUAUAUAUAAGUAAAGAAUAAAAGUAUGAUCUAAGUACACAUAUACGUGCAUUCGUUCGCAUAGGAUUUUUCUAUUUUUGAUAAUAUUCGGUAUUUAAAUAAACGAGUAAUUAUUACCUAUAUCGAAAAAAAUUCCUUGAUUACAGUAUUACGUUAUAUUUUACUAAACGUCUAUUUUUCACGUUCUCUACUUACUAUUAAUUGUUAAUUAUAUUGUUUAUUUUUUUUCCUUUGUGGCAGCUUUCAACUGUUUAAUUGCGGGGCAUAAUAUACUUUUGUGCAGUUUUAUUCGAUCUUGCAGCUGAUUUGAUAUACCUCAACGAAAUUAGCAUAAUGGUUCAGUAAAAGUCUUGGAAAGUGUACUGUGAUUCAAAUAUUUCCAACCUCGCCAAUGUUACUUUUACACCAUUGUCAUUAUAAUUGCUUGCCACUUGUAUUCAUUAAUGGAGCAGAAAUGGCCAAUUUGUUAGAAGAUACUUUUAUUACAGAAUUAUGUGAAUCAGUGCCAAAAUCUCUGAAAAUCCAUUGCUAUUAGUACUCCUGGUGAUCUUAUGCAUAAAAAUAUAUGUAUCGCGUUACAAUUCGAAUGAAUACAUGUAUUCAUGGUCGUACUUUAAGCACGACUACUAGAGGGUGUACCUAAAUAUGUUGAAAACUAACAGGUUCCUACAGAUCUUUCGAAAAAUUUCGAAUUUAUCCUAGAUCUGAUGCAUAGAAGUAGUUUAAUGCACCCUAGAAUACAAAGAAUUGUAGGAAAAUGGAUAACUUCAUACUGUAUUAACGUUUUACAUUUUCCAUAUUCAAAAUAUAUUUACAUAAUACGA